GUGCUCAGCCCAAGCACCAGUGGGAGCCCCAGGCUUGCAUCUGCCACUGCCGGCAUCAGGAACACCAAGCAGGAGGCAGUGGCGUGCCUUUGCUUGAUGGGCUGCUGUGAGUUUUUCAGGCUGUAGGAAAUGUCAGGAGACUUCUCUCAAGUUAAGUCCUUAUUUAUGAAAUCUGAGCUUUCCAAACUAUGUGUUGCAACACGUGUGUGUGUUGGGUGCAGCUUGUAGUGUGAGAAUAAAUUUGGAGGUGGGGGUAGAUGUGAUGGGGUGGGAUAUGAGUUUUAAAGGAUUUUAAAGGUGGCACAGUGUGUUAAGAGUUGAGCUGCUGAACUUGCGGACCAAAAGCUCCCAGGUUCAAAUCCCAGGAGCUGAAUGAGCACCCGCUGUUAGCCCCAGCUCCUGCCAACCUAGCAGUUCGAAAACAUGCAAAUGUGAGUAGAUCAAUAGGUGCCGCUCCGGCGGGAAGGUAACGGCGCUCCAUGCAGUUAUGCCAUCCACAUGACCUUGGAGGUGUCCUGAAAGCUACCAGGUUCGAAUCCCACCCGGGGAGAGUGUGGAUGAGCUCCCUCUAUCAGCUCCAGCUCCAUGCGGGGACAUGAGAGAAGCCUCCCACAAGGAUGGUAAAACAUCAAAACAGCCGGGCAAUGUCUCCUGGGCAACGUCCUUGCAGACAGCCAAUUCCCUCACUCCAGAGGCAAUUCUGGUUGCUCCUGACACGAAAAAAAAUCUUUUCCAAAGAAGAUUCACAGUGGCUAUGUAUCUGUUAUUAUUAUUAUUAUUGUUGUUGUUGUUGUUGUUAUUAUUACUAUUAUUAAUACAUCGUGAUAUUUUGGUGCUAAAUUCAUAAAUAAAGUAAUUACUACAUAGCAUUACUGUGUAUUGAACUACUUUUUCUGUCAAAUUUGUUGUAUAACAUGAUGUUUUGGUGCCUAAUUUGUAAAAUCAUAACCUAAUUUGAUGUUUAAUAGGAUUUUCCUUAAUCCCUCCUUAUUAUCCAACAUAUUCACUUAUCCAACGUUCUGCCAGCCUGUUUAUGUUGGAUAAGUGAGACUCUACUGUAUAUACAAUAUACUGUAUUAUAUUAUUAUAUAUUAUAGUAUAUUAUAUACUAUAUUAUAUACUAUAUUAUUAUUAUUAUUAGCAUAGCAUGCUACUGGGGAGAAGGGCCCAGUUAUAUUGUAUUAUUAUUAGUAUUAUAUUGUAUUACAUUAUAAUAUUAUUGUUAAUUUGGUAGCAUCAGCUUUUGUAGACUUGAACGGAAUGAUUUGGAGAUGGAUUGUGGCCUACCAACCUCAAAGUUUCAGGCCCCCAAUAAUCCCAGUUGUAGAAGGCCAUGAAAUUGAGUUGUAGGGUGUCCUUUUUCCCGGCCACCAACUAGAUCUAAUUUUCCCAGAGCAACCGAUAUUAUUAUUAUUAGAGUAACCAAGGCCUGUGUCUUGCAUCAUAAGAGCCCAAGCAACCUGGGUGAUGUCACAAUGAGUGCCAGUGACCAAGAACAAACGCUGCUUGCAGCCUGGUCCUUUACUCUCCUAGCUAUGCGGUACCUAUCUUUCCUUUUCCUGAGCGUGGUUACUGCGACCGCACUGUGAUGUAGAAUGCGGAGCUGUUUCUCGUGCAAAAGCACAAGCAAAAAAUGAAAGGGGAUACCGUGAAUGUGCGCCGCAGUGUCCGAGUUAAAACCAGAGUCCCCUGGAUGCCCCCUGGCAAAACAUCUUGCAGAGAGUCAUCAUACAAGUGGGAGGGACCGACCCAUCGCCUGGAAAUCACUCCUCCAGAUUCCGAGAAAUUACUGUCCGUGCUUCGCCUGAGUGACCUUUCCACCGACGAGGAGGACGCCGUUCAUUGUAAGAUGAACAAGUAUGAGAAGAAGAUCGACAGUUUGCUGAACGUGGUAGGCACCCUGAAGAACGAGCUGUGUCCGCAGGUCAAGAUGCCCAAGCGGGACGACUCGCGGUGUGUGGCCAAGCGCCUCCUCGACGAGCAGAAGGACGAGCUGGAGGAGGUCACGCAGGAGCUGGUGGAGACCGAGCACGAGAACACCGUCCUCCGGCGCAACAUCGAGCGCAUGAAGGAGGAGAAAGACCUGAGCAUACUCCAGAAGCGGCACUUAAUGCACGAAAAGGAGUGCUUGAUGGCCAAGCUGGUGGAGGCGGAGAUGGACGGAGCGGCGGCUUCCAAGCAGAUUCAAGCCCUGAAGGACACAAUCUGCAAACUGAAAUCGGAGAAGCACAUGACGGUUUCCGACAUCAACACUCUCACGCGGCAAAAAGAGCUGCUGUUGCAGAAACUGAGUACUUUUGAAGAGACCAACCGAACCCUCCGGGACCUGCUUCGAGAGCAACAGGGUCGGGAGAAAGAUUCUCACAAAUUAGCGGAGCAGCAAGCGGCACUCAUGAAAAGGCUGGCUGAUUCAGAUGCGGAGAAAGCGCAAUUGUUGAAGAAGUUGCAAGAGAAAGAGAAGGAAGUGGACGAUCUGUUGGUUCAGAUCCAGACGGAAAAGGACCAAGCCAAGACGGCGGCGGAGCUCACGAAAUCCAUGGAAGCCGUGAGGGGACAUUUGCAAGCGCAGCUGCGGAAUAAGGAAGCGGAGAACCACCGCUUGGGCAUCCAGAUUCGGAACCUGGAGCGCGUUGCGGCGCAGCACAAGGCCGAAGUGGAGAACAUCAUGGAGCAGCUGAAGGAGCUGAAGGCCAAGGGGGAGCGGGACAAGGAGGGCCUGAAGAAGGCCAUCAAGGCCCAGAAGGAACGAGCCGAACGCAGCGAGGAAUACGCCGAUCAGCUCAAUGCCCAGCUCGCGGAAAAGGACACCUACGUGGCCGAGGCCUUGUCCACUCUGGAGUCUUGGAGGAACCGCUACAACCAGGUGGUGAAGGACAAGAGCGACCUGGAGGUGGAGAUCGUGAUGUUGAACAGCCGCAUUUCAGACCUGGUGGACCAGCAGGCCGCCAUGGAGGACAAGAUGCGGGAAGAUCGGGACGCCAUGGCUGACAAGCUCCACCGGCACGCCACCGAGAGCGCGUCCAUCAAGAUGGAGAACGAGAGGCUGAAGAACAGCAUGAUCCCUGUGGAGGAGAGCAUGAAUGAAGCCCAGCAAGAGAUUGCCAAACUCAAGGCCUCUCUCAAGAGCUACGAAGGCAUGAUCGAAACCUAUAAGGGUCAGGUGAUGAAAACACGGAUGGAAGCGGAUGAGGUGACCAUGAAACUGGAGGCCUGUGACAAGGAGAACAUAGCUCUGAAAGAAGAAAUGGCCAAGGAGCUUGAGAAUGCCCGCAAGCAGUUCCAGAACCAGGUGGCCGAGCUGGAGAAGCUUCCCGAGAUCUUGAAGAUGACCGAGAUGAAGCUGGCCGAGUGCCAGGACCAGCUCCAGAGCUACGAGAAGAAGAACGCGGACCUGUCCGCCAUGAUCACGGACCUCCGCCAGCGGAUUGAGCUCCAAGGAGACAAGAUGGAGAUGGCAAGAGAAAAAUAUCACUUGGCCCAGGAGCAGAACAAGCAGCUGGUCCUCAAGCUGGAAGAAGUGGAGAGGAAACUUGAAGCAACCAGCAGCCAGAACAUUGAAUUCCUGCAGGUCAUUGCCAAGCGGGAGGAGUCGAUCCACCAGUCCCAGCUGCGGCUGGAAGAGAAGACCCGGGAAUGUGGCUCUUUGGCCCGCCAGCUGGAGAUGGCCAUUGACGACGCCAAGAGGCAGCUGGAACAGGCCAGGGAGCGAGCGGCCACGAGGGAGCGAACCGCCCAGUCCAAAAUACUGGAUUUGGAGACCCAGUUGAGCCGGACCAAGACGGAGCUGAACCAGAUGCGGCGGAGCAAGGAUGACGCCGAGCACCGGUUCCAGAGCCGCCUCCAGGACCUGAAGGACCGGCUCGAGCAGUCGGAGAGCACCAACCGCAGCAUGCAGAACUACGUCCAGUUCCUGAAGUCCUCGUAUGCCAACGUCUUUGGAGACAGUGCCUUGACCAGCUCCCCCAUCCGGCCCCGGUCUCCCCUGUGACCAAACCCUUGCCCUUUCCCUUUAGGCUCAAUGGUUGUGUGUGUGUGUAUUUCAAAGCCAUAUCUAACUCCCAGAAUAACCGAGACACAUUUCCUCGCUACAGGCAAACACUCGGGGCAUUUUUAUCCUCCCUAUUCUUCUAGUGCCUUACACAGAUUAAACCUGCAGGUUUUUUAUUUUUUCCUACUUUGGUUUUGCGUACGUACGUAUGCUUGUGUCACGGUUCCACGAGGCUUGAAGAUCAUGUUUCAACCAACCUUUGGGAGAGAUGCGGACGAAUGAAAGGCCUGGCAGGCGGGUGAGGGUCGGGCGGCUCUUUGUUUCCCUUCUUUUAUAUUUGCAGUUGUUUUGCUCAUAACAAAGGGAUGCACGUAACUGCAGAGCAUCUUCCUUUUCAUGGGAUCCACAGUUUGAGACUUACAUACUUUAAGUUAUUUACCUUUUUUGUACGUGUGACUUAGUGUUCAAUAAUGGGAUUUUUAGUUGCCGGGUCUCCAUCUAAUGGUUUUGUUUGAAUUCUAAUACGUGUGUCUGUGUGAUCUGGGUUCUGUUCAUGUGCCAAAUCCGUCUUCAUUCGAAUGCAAACCCUGAGUUGGAUUUUAACACUAUCUUCUUGUUUGCGGGAAAUCACAAGCAUUACUCUUCACGUCUUCCCAAAUUUUGGUCACUUUCAUCCAGGGGACAAAUCAGCCAACGGAUUGCUGUUGAGACUUUAAAAAACAUAUUUAAUAUAUGUCAGAUCUAAUAUGACUUAAUGUGUGACUUUUAAAACGGUGCUGCAAUAAAUACUUUUUCAAGGAACAUAA